UUAAAUGUGCUUGGAUGGCAUAAAAACUUGAAGGCAGUUGAAAUAUCGUCGACGAGGACAAGUUUCAACGAGAAACUUCGUCGACAGAGGAUUCACAAUAAUGAGUGUUUUGCGAAAUCUCUAAAUUUCUGUCAAACUGGGUACUUGUGUUAGCAUGGCACAUCGUCGAAAUAAGCAAUCGAAGCACAAACUUCCGCCUAAAACUAGAGAUAUCGAACUGAGCAUAAAUAUAUGGGGAGAUCGUUUUCAAUCAGAGGGAGAAAGAGGACGCCGUCAUCAACUGAAAGAUUUCAAAGGUUUACUGGAGGCUGCUGGGUUCCAAGUUGCGAAAGCGCAGGAGCCAGUGAAUUCUCCGGCCGGGAAUGCCAGAAUUAUCAACAUCGUGUUGAAGACAACGGAAUCUAGAAAAUCGAAGUUUUUUGAGCGAUUUCGACGAGAAUGGUGUUCCUCUAUUUGUCAGCGUGGCGACUCGUUCUGGAUGGAGUCAGAGACUCCCAAAGAUACUUUCAAAUACAAGACAGAUGAGACACGGCAAAUGAUUGGAGUCGCUUCCUUCAGCUUUGGAACAUUUACUACUCUUGGUACGUACGUACAGCACUGGUCAAGUGAACAAGAUUCUGCAUCUAUUCAAGAAGGAAGCAUUGAAAGCGAGUUCCAACAUGAUCUGGGGACUUUCACGAUCUUCAUUUUUAAGGAAGGCGCCAUUGAAGGAUCUAAAGAAAUUAAAUUUGAAAUGGAACACAGGCAGUUUGAAAAUUAUGUCGUCGUUGAUGAAAACGUUGUCAGUAGAAAAAUUAGCUUCUAUUUUCCCCUUCAGUGGCCACCAAAAAUCUUCGAAGAGGUGACAAUCAAUGACCACACAAACUACGAUCGUUUGACGCAUUUCCUCGGGUGCAGUCGAGAAAUUCUAGGCUCCAGCUCGGUGUUAUGUUUAAAUUUUCCUCUGAAAGAAAGAAUCCUCGAAAGAGAUGAGGCAGAUUCCCCUCUUGGAUUAAUGACUGGCCUUUCACGAAGAGGCUUUUCUCUUUGUUUUGCGAAUAUAAAGACAAACUUUCCCCGAGGAAUCACGGAGGUUCCAAGGAAACCGACGCUCUCUGACCCUAAAAUCAUGUACGCUUUAGAAUGUCUUCUGUCUCGAGGCUUCAAAGUUCGUGAUCGUAUUUCUCGAAAGUUUUACGACUUGUUAAGAAACGCCACAGACAGGUACGGCUCACUCCAAGAGAAUAACCUUGUAUCUCCUGAAAAAGUUUGCAAAGCUCUGUACAGAUUGGUCAGCAUUGUGGAGACGGAUCGAUUCUGCCCUUUAGUGCAUUACCUUGAAAAGUUGCUCUAUGGAGACAUGAUGCAUCUGACGGCAUUUGAAUUUGAGAUUCCGAAGCAUUACGCAUACGUACCUCGACUCAUCGUUACUCCCACUCAAGAUUACCUCCUGCCCGCAGAAUUGGUGGCAGAGAACCGUGUCAUCAGGGAGUAUGGGCACGAGAGAGCGAUGCGCAUUGCAUUCCGGGAGGAAGACUUUUCUAAGCUCUCAUCAACUCACCCAGAAGGUCUAAAACACGUGUUAAAAGAACGCGUGGUAGAACUGCUCUCCAAAGACGUCCACAUUGCUGGGAGAAAGUUCGAGUUCCUGGCUUGUUCCAAUAGUCAGUUACGUGAUCAUGGUGCAUGGCUGUACGACACGGAAGGAGAGCACAGAGCCGCUGACAUAAGAGGAUCGCUAGGACAGCUUAAUGAAAUCAGAUGCGUUGCCACCUAUGUAUCUCGCAUGGGUCAGUGUUUCUCGUCCACAAAAGAGGCUGUCACAGUCAGUAUUGAAGUGGGUUGCAAGGUGGAAAAAAUUCCAGAUGUAGAAGUAGAAUACAACAAUGUUUAUUUUGAAUGUUGUCGCAACUUAAGAUCUGGAAAAUACACCUUUAGCGAUGGAGUUGGGAAAAUCAGCAGGGCUUUGGCUGAGAAGGUAGCAGAUAGCCUCAGUUUAGAACCUACUCCCUCAGCUUAUCAGAUUCGUUACGGUGGUUGUAAAGGAAUGCUGGCAAUAGAUCCCAGGCUCCCAAACGGAGAUAACCAGGAAAUCCUGCAAUAUCGUAAGAGUAUGGAGAAGUUCAACUCAAAGCAUUCUGCUCUGGAGAUAUGUGAGGCAACGAAGCCGAAUCUUUUGUACCUUAACCGUCAGUGUAUCAUCCUGUUGAAUGGCCUCGGAGUUCCGGAUGAGUCGUUUAUCAGUCUUCAAGACAAAAUGCUCCGUAGCUUGGCCUUAAUGUUGCUGUUUGAAACAGUAGCACUGGAAACUCUUCAACGAGCCAACAUUCCAGGUGGUUUGAAGAUUACAGCCUUAUCACGCAGUGGUUUGAACGUUACCCGAGAACCGUUCUUCCGCUCUUUGUUGCUGGCCAUAUAUAAAAGUCGGCUGGGGGAUUUAUUACGAAGGGCCCGGAUUGCUAUCCCAGAAACCCAUGGUCGUCUCUUGAUGGGCGUCAUAGACGAGACCGGUUCUUUAGAAUAUGGUCAGGUGUUUGUUCGAUACUCGAAGCUGGUCAGUCAACCAGGAAAGCAGCUGGAAAUACUGAAAGGCAAAGUGGUAAUAAGCAAGAAUCCUUGUUUUCACCCAGGUGACAUGCGCAUAUUUGAAGCAGUGGAUAUCCCAGCUCUUCACCAUUUGGUCGACUGCCUUGUUUUUCCCGCCAAAGGCCACAGGCCUCACUCAGAUGAAAUGUCUGGUUCAGAUCUCGAUGGAGAUAAGUAUUUUGUUACGUGGUAUGAAAAGCUUCUCCCACGAAAAGAUAACGUUGCCCCAAUGGACUUCACAUCCCCGGAGAAGAUGGAGCUACAAAGACCCAUAGAAGUGUCUGACAUGAUUCAGUUUGUGGCGGAAUACAUUAAAAAUGAUCAACUUGGUAUCAUUGCAAAUGCUCAUCUUGUCCAUGCAGACCACGAUGAGGAAGGUGUGUUUUCGGACGCCUGUAUCCGUUUGGCUCACAUGCACUCGGAUGCCGUAGAUUUUCCAAAAACAGGAAAGUGUCCGUCUUUGCCCAAAGAGUUGAGGCCAGAUCAGUACCCAGACUUCAUGAUGAAAUCCGGGAAACCCCGCUACAAUUCUCAAAGGAUCCUGGGAAAACUCUUUCGCAAGUGUAAAUCCCUUGAUCGUGCCCAGCAGUUCUCAGCCGAGGCCUCUCAGAGCCAGAUCAUUCCCGACCCCGACCUGAUCGUUCAAGGGUAUGAGCACUAUCUUGAAGAGGCCGAAGCAGUGAAAAUUCACUACAACACCAAGCUCGAUGGGCUGAUGUCUUUAUAUGGCUUAAGAAAUGAGGGAGAAGUGAUAACCGGCUGCCUUGUUAAGGUAAACACUCGCCUCGCUGGAAAAACCGAUGAAAAAUUUGAAGUGGCGCAGAUGAUUCAAGCAAGUCUAUCCACGCUACGUGCAAAAACGCGGCACGAUUUUUAUGAUGAAUUUGGCGGGGAAGAUGAAGUGAUGGAGGAGUUUGAAGAAAAUGGUCAUUUUGCCGAAGAGAUUUUGCAGAAAGCCUCGGCAUGGUACAUGACAACUUAUGGAGACAGAGGUGAAGGUGAAGUCCAGAGAACAGCUUCGUCUACAGAUCCAAAUCAGCAACGGGAGAAAGGAGACCGGAAAAGAUUGCUCAGCUUUCCUUGGGUGGUCGACCGUAUCCUGGCAAAUAUCAAAAAAGGUAAAAAACAAGAGCGGGAGAGGGAUGGAACCCAAGCCCAACAUGCCAUGGGUGCAGUCGGUGACCUCAUAACAGAUCAAGCAGCUUACUUUUUUGAUAAGUUGAAAUCAGAGCUUGUUGAUAUUCGGAAGGUUCAAAUUGAAGAGCGAGAUAAGCUGAAGGAUACGCUUAACCUUCUAUUUGGAGAGGCCCGGGCGCCGCGGCUGGCUUUGUUCGACUCGUCGUUGACCGGAAUCUCCGUGGGCGACGAACAACAGACGUCUGUCGGGAUUUAUAUCCAUGUCAAGUGGAAUGCAUCUGAGAAGGAGCAAUAUGAGUACCUCCAAUGGCUAGGCAGAGCACUCAGCCGGGAGGGUGAAGUCAAGAUGCAACGACAUCCUUUGGUUCUGCAUUUUCAACGCGGCUCCUCUCAAGGUCUCAAGUUAUUGAGGCAGGACUUCUACAUCACAGCAGACUCUAACAGAUUUCAAAAGAGUGCUUAUGUCAGUAUGCAGGUUCAGCGGUGUCCUCGACUCCUCCAUCUGCUGCUGAUUUUGAUCCACUGGGGGCGUCGACGGCGUAUUAUUGGGAACUCGAGGAACAGCUUCCUGUCAGACGAAAAUCUGGCCACCAUUUUUCUCGUAUUUUGUGAGGAAUCUGACUUUAUUAAUAAGCUAAGCAGCGCUGAUAUGCAGAACUUCUCUUCACGCCAUCUUGGUUUACCGUCCAGCGUCGAACAAACCGAGGCUGAGAGGGUGUGGAGCAAUGAAGUGCUGGGAGAAGAUUAUCAGGAAAGACUAAAAGGUCUCAAAGGCGACAAAACUCCAGGUCAUCUGUUGAUCAAAUUUUUUGAGCAUUACAGUUUAGUAGCAGACGAUGAUCCCCUUCAUAUACGAAUUAUGACAAAUCCAGUGAAAAGCCUGGAAACGCUUUGUCCAAACGUUUCUACAGAAGAAAGUAAUCGCUUUUCCGAUGCUGCUCUUCAUGCGUUCCAUGAACUUGCACAGUGUUGUGGUCUGGAUAGUUUUACUGCAUCAAGUCAUACAGAGAGCACGCGUGAGCUAAAAGAAACGCUGUCCAUGCCCAACACGACUUGGGGCGCGCUCCGCUUUGCUGAAGAAUUCGUGAGAGUCAAGUUAUCGACUCUAACGUCAGCUCAGAUCUCCUUAAGACCAGCUCAGAAUGGUUACAUUCUUGAGGCCACAGGAAAUUACCUUACGUUGCACGCGGUUCAAAAUGAAUUGGAGAAGAUUGAAACGACUUGCAGGUCCUACAUUUAUGACCAUACCGUGAGUGGGGCUAGUCGGUUUCUGUUCUUGGACCAAAAUGGGCCAAAUGAUAUGGUCAAUUUUAAGCAGCUGCAACGAGGGGACUAUGCGGUGAAUCUAGACCCGUUGAAUGGAUUACUACGGCAUGGCCUCGGCCUUGACGAUGGGCCCAACAGCGAUUUGGUAGAACAGAAAUUUCUAAGCUUGAUUUCCUCUCAAAUGGGGGUUUUUAAGCAGGAGUAUCUACCCUACGUUCACGGUGCUGAUAGACUAAUGAUCAGGGUGGAAUUUGGUAGCAUUUAUGUCCAAAACGCACGAUUUGAUGCACCAAGGGUUGGAGCCGUUGAGGAUAUGCUGAGUCAGAACGCAGAUUCCACAAACCGGCCCGGGUCUAGUCAGGCCCAAAAACGGAAGUUGAUGACACAUAAGUUCAUACCAGUUUUAGAUUGCGGUGAGAGCUGGACUGCGGCGUUCCCGACAAUCUUACAUGAUAGCUUUGCAGAAACGUACACCCUGGGAAUAAAGGAAGGUAGAAACCACACCAAAACCGUUCGCUAUGACAGCGAGUUGCAGUUCUGUGACGUAGACAUUCCACCUAUUAACUGGGUGGUAGCAGACGUCAAAGCCCCGCGCCAUGCACGUGCGAAGUCACGUGACAUAGAUUUCCGCGUCACCGUCUGCUCUCAAAGAAAACUUGAAGAUGAUAAAGACGAAGUCAUGAGCUCACCUGGUUACGAAAUGUUUAGCACAAAAUCAAUCCUCAGCAAACCAGGCAAUAUGAGUUUGGAUUUGGAGCUGGCAAGCGGCUUCCAAACGAAAGUUUCUUAUGUCAGACAUGAUAAGACCUCGAUCUAUAAAAUCUCUGACGGAAAUCUGUUCCUUCAAGUAAAGGAAGUAAUGAAAUAUGAAGGAAAAGGUUCGAGGUUUCUUAAACCCUCCAAAAACUCCACAGAAGUUCAAAUAUUUGGAUUUUUUGAUGGUAAAGGUGACCCGGAAGAGGCAAUGAAGGUGUCCAGGAACUUAUGGUCAGCGGCUAAAAGGCUGAGACCACACAUUAGAUAAAUUACUCACUUUUAAGCAAUGCAAAUAUCGCACAAUUUUCAGCUUUUUGUAAAACUAUUUUCAUGGAAAACGAGAAAUUUUCUAUUUUUUGGCACAAUUACAAUCAAAUUGAUCGAAGUUUUUACAUAAUUUUACCAUUCUGUGACUUUUUUCCCACGGUGAUUGUAGAAAAAGAUUCGUGGACUAACAGUUAUUAAUUAUCAGUAUUAGGUGAACUUAAGGCCUGAGGAUUAAUAACGAAAAACACGCCCACGUUAAGGUCGUGUUUUGUUGAUUGACUUGACGUGGAUGUGUGUUUUUUUCCCUACCUUCUUCGUUUUUUCUUUUUUUUUUUUUCAUCACUUAGAGUUCAGCUGAAUUUGCUCCGAAAGUCUUUGAUUUCAUAUAGUUUGUAAACUUUUCAGAAACAAUUUAUUUGACCGCCCGUGUCUGAAGAAUUGGCGAGAUUUCACUCUCCGUAGAUUCUUUUUUGUAGGGUCUAAAUUUGACAAAGUCAUAUCGAUUCAAACCAACUUUUUGAUAUCAUUUAAAAUGACAAAACGAUACUAAUCAAACAGAGUCUGAUGUUUUUUCAAGCUGACAUAAUCUAUAAUUUUUGCUUUGUCCAUUAAACUGUGCAUUAUAUGUAACAGUCUCUUUUAUCAGAUUUGCACGUGUUGAUUGAGCCAGUUGGUAACAUCUUCCUCAUGCCGACUGAGCCAAUGUAUAUUUGCGUGGAUUCGCUCUAUUCCCAUUUUCACCUGGCGAUAGGCUGCGUCUGUGGGCUUAUAAUCCUUGAAGAAUUUCUUAACCUGUAACGAAUCAAGAAAAAUUCACAAGCAAACUUAAAAAGUCGGUUGAAAAACGCACAUCUGCCUACAAAGUUACUUUUAGUAGGCUUUACACGUUAACCCCCAUGAGUGACCAAAACAGAAUUUCUCCUUUCAAAGUUAAUACAUUAUCAAGUAGACAAGU